UCAAGCUUUUCUAUCUGUGGUUUUGAACUGCAGCUUUAAUGCGGCCUCAUUUGAUAUUUCAUCUAAUAUACUGCUGCUCAUCUUGACCAGGAUAGAUAUUCUAUCUCACUGGGACAUUCAAUAAUAAAAUGAACAAUCUUUUUUUAAUUGUGCAGAAUGUCUCCUACUGUUCGGUGCGCACCCGGUGAUAUACGCACAUCCAGAGAAUCAGAGGCGCGCAGCAGGUCUUCUCCGGCUCUCCGCAGCCCCGCAGAAGAAGCUGGUGACGCCGCAGAAGCCUCUUUUCUUCAGAAACUACCGUCGGUCUUCGGAGGAGCAGCGUCCUCGAAACACCCGCAGCUCAGGAUCAGACGGUGUGGACAGCGGGGCAGGCGCAGGGUGAAGGCCAACGACAGGGAGCGUCACCGCAUGCACAACCUCAACUCGGCUCUGGACGCGCUGAGGGGCAUCUUACCGGCGCUGCCCGACGACGCCAAGCUGACCAAGAUCGAGACUCUGCGGUUUGCGCACAACUACAUCUGGGCCCUGACUGAGACCCUGCGCAUGGCGGACCAGCACGGACACACGGCGGAUUACCUGCCGGUGGUGUCGGAGCUCCGGAGCCCGUCCAGCAUCCUGUCCUCAGACUCUGGUUACACGGGCUUGGAUGAGUUUGACCCAAGCUCUCACACAUCAGUCAAUGAGAUGAACUGUGGAAUCUUUGCAAGACGAGAAAACGUUUAUUUCACUUCAGUAUGUGGGGGAAAUUAUCUGAGAAACACUUUGCACUAUUGAUACUUUAUAAUUCCUUGUAGGGAUCAGUAACUGGA